UACAGGAAGCUACGAUUAUUCUGCUCAGGAAAUAGCUGCCUCAUGGACAAUUUACAACGCCAACAAUCUGUGUGGAAUGUAGUGAAGGAGAAUGUUCCCUGCACUGAGCUUCCUGAGAUCCGAGCUGUACUUGGAGAAGCACUGAUUGAUUCGUACACAGAGUUAUAUUCAGAGGUGGAUACGUGGGAGAAGAUUUGGCAGGAGCUCCAUUGCUCAGAGGAGGGCAACAGGCCAGAAGCCCCCAUGUUCCCUCUGGCUGACCCCCCAGCUGUUAAAGAGUUGCUAAAAGCAGAGAUUCAGUUGUUGCUGCUCACACUGAGAGAGAAAGCAGCCAGGCAGGGCAGGGAUGAAGAGGAGGUCAUGGCCCAGUACAAUCCUAGUGUGGUGAGUUACGCACUGGGCAGCAGUAGCACACAGAGACAGGAGAGUCCAGGCAGCUGGUGUGAAAUGAAAUCACCCUCCAGACUCCCAUCAAGUCUGAGUGAGAUUGGCAGCAGAUCUGUCUCCAGCCUCUCGUCUCACUCCAGCUGUGAAGAAGAAAUCAAGUCCUUAAGACACAAGUUAAACAUCACCCAUAUAGAUGAGGUUGUGACUCAUCUCAGGUCAGUCAUAACCGAAGAAUCUGAAGCACUGAAAAGAGACGUGCAGGUCCUGCAGGAAAACCUUGAGACUGGGAGAGCCAGAGCUCAGCCAGAAACUUUAUCUCCUGAACCCACCAUAGCAGAGCUCAAAGAGGAACGGAGACUCAUUCAGAGGGAUCUGAAUGAGCAGAGUUUAAUAAGCUGCUGCCACAACACAAAUAAUCAGAGCGCCAGAAACCAACAAAUCCAUGCAAGGGAGACAUGCAAACUUGCUCUCUCUGCAAAUUAUUCGGAAGGACCGAAACCAUCAAACUCAACAGUCCCCCAUUUUAAACCAUGUCCGCCUAGAGACCCAAACCACAUCAGGAGUGAUCUGCCACUAAUGAGCUACUCAAUUGCUGAAUCCACAAUCCCUAUUUCUGCUUUGGAACAUGGGAACAAAGAGUGCAAGUACAGAGGAAAUUCACUAAGAGCUUCAGCCUUCAGACUGGUUCCAGCGGCCUCUGUCAAAGCAUCCGGAUCUGUAAAAGACUUCUUCCUAAAGAUGGAAGUGACUCAAAAUAGUGACCUAGACUGUCUCCAGCCCGCUCCUCCUGCAGUGCAGAGAACAGCCAGCAGGGGGCAGAGGGGGAGCAGACACCUGUGUCUUCCUCAGCCUGACAGCCUGCUCAGUUCUCUGUGAGAAUCGCUGCAUGCUGCUCUACACUGUCAGUUAGUUGAAGCUCAUAGGGGGGAAAAAGGCCAUAAAACACAAACCACAAGCUGAUCUUUAAAAUAAACUUUAUUUACCAUUUCAAAUUGAACAGUUUACAGCUGACAUGACUAAGACAAUUUCAAUGCUGUUUGGCCCUAAAAUUGAAAAGACAUGGUUAGAUAUGUUUGAAGCUCAUGUCAUUGUGCUUGUCAUUCUACUUCACUACUAUAUUGCCAUGAGCACAGAAGAACACGCACACUAUUGUAAAGACAUUGCUUUUAGGAUGCAGGACAGGGAGAGAAAGGUUUUAUUUUUUGCAAUUUUGUAUUUUCUGUUGCUUUCAAACACAUAUUUUUAAAGUGCCGUAACAACAUGAAAAUACAUGACACGGUUUUGAAUAAACAUUUCAUUAACCAAAAAAGUUCACAGUUUCAGUUAUGCUGAUUCUUUUUAUAGUUCUUAAUACAGCCACAAAACUGUGCUUAAUGGAUAUUUCCAUCUUGGACCAAGAGGUAUUUGUGUGCAUAUUUUACACUGAAUUCUAGUAUUUCUGUUUUGCUUGUUCUAAACACAGCCCUUUCAUGUCAUUUCAAAGUGUAUGCCGUCACAAUUAAAUUUACACUAAGAAACGGUGAAAUAUAGUUUAUAUAUAUAAUAUAGAGAGCCCGUUCAAAUUAGAAGAAAAUUCCACUUAAAAAGUGUUCGGUUCUUCUCAGAAACAUUAUCUUAAUAUACCCAAAUAAAAUUCAGAAAAUAUUAAUUCAGUUUUGAUCAUUUCAAAUGCAUUUCGAAAAUAUUCAAAGAUCGGCAUAAGUGUUAAAACAUUCUUUCCAGGCAAUCAAAUGUGCUUUCUCUACUGAUACUGAUUAAAAUUAUAUGACAUCAACAGUGACACUAACAUGAACUAGGUUUGACUCAGCAGUUGAACGUCCACUACACAGAACACUCUGUACACAUAACAGUAGCUACGUUACCAUAAGAAAUAAUGUAAAAACAACUAAAAAUAAACCCCACUACAGCAACCCACCCUGAUAAAAACAGAAAACACAAACAUAGACAUCAGUUUUUUUGUUUGUUUUGUUUUUUUUACAUUAUUGUACAAUGGAGAAAGAGGACAAGAGGUGGGGAACAGUGCAAGAAUGGCACUGAUGCAUAACGUGUCUAUUGUUAUAAAGAGUUUGCAUGUCAAGGUCAAUAUCCAGAUCUGUUCACAUCGCAGUACCUAGAGACAGACACAUGGUCUUCAUGCCACUUUCAAGGUCUGAGGACCACACAUCAGAAAAAUGAGAGGGCUUCAAUCUUGUGCAUUCAUAUUUCCGACAGCGAUUAUUAAUCAUACUGUAGCUACCGCGCACGUAGCCAGCUAAAGUGAACCAGUAAAUAAAAGUGCUGUUAGCCUCCCGACACCUAAACCGCUGCUCUAAUCUAUGGCACUAACUGUCUAACAGAGGAAAAGCUAGAGUGCGUGACCUGUAGGUAUGGUU